AUGGCUCUUGGGACAAGCAAAAGACUUGUGUUUAAAAAAAUAACUUUAGGCACAGAGGCGGUGCAGCGGCCAGGGCCAGACGUACAGAGGCGGCGCGGUGGCCAGACGCAGCGGAGCGACACCACAUUCAGGAAGAGGCUUUGGAGGACCGGCGCGAAGGCAGACCGGGGACAGGUUCUUUGGCGAUUUGAAGGCAAGAAGCCAGACACCUUGGGCUCCAACACUUGGCUGUACAAAUGGAUUCCCCAGAAUGACUUGUUAGGUCAUCCUAAAACCAGAGUUUUUAUAACUCAUGGUGGCAUCAAUGGCAUCUAUGAGGCGCUGUACCAUGGGAUUCCUGUGGUUAGCAUUCCUUUGUUUGGUGACCAAUUUGAUAAUGUUGUUCACAUGAAGACCAAAGGAGCAGGUGUUCGACUGAACUUUCUCACAAUGUCCAGCACAGAUUUGCUCCAUGCUGUGAAGACAGUCAUAAAUGACCCUUCCUAUAAGCAGAACGCCAUGUGUCUAUCAAGAAUCCACCACGACCAGCCCGUGAAGCCCCUGGACAGAGCUCUUUUCUGGACUGAGUAUGUCUUGCACCAAAAAAGGGCCAAAAAAGGUGUGGCAGCGCAUGACCUCACCUGGUACCAGUACCACUCUCUGGACGUGCUUGGAUUCCUGCUUGCCUGCAUGGUGACUUUGAUAUUAGUAAUCACAAAGUGCUGGCUCUUUUUCUGCCAGACAUUUGCUAAGUCUGGAAAGAAGCAGAAAAGGGAGUAG